UGAGCUAGCUAGCUAGCUGCUAAUAAAAAGUGCUAGCCUCGCCUCCCUGACGACAUGUGUACACCCUCAGCUGAGUGAGCUCUGAACGUUGUUACCGUUUAAACAAAACAAAAACAACCGAACAAGUUGAUCUACCUUGAGUUAAAAAUGUUGGGAUUAGUUCUGACUGUAUUGCUAUCUGCGGUAUUCAGUGUACGAGGGAAUAGUCAAAUCGAACAUGAGUUCGGCCUCCCACCUCUGUCCCGACCAGUGCAGCCUCAAUCGGCCGGUGUGCCAUGGCCAAUGCCACAAGUGAUGGCCUCCACCGAAGUGAUAUAUCCGUUGGCAGAUCCCAGCAUCUUUAGGAUUUACCAGAAAUCGCAGACCACUUGCCAACUGCUUGAUCAGGCAUUCUCUCGCUAUUUCAACAUCAUCUUCUUUGGAAUGCCUAAAUUGUCUGACGAAGUGAGAUUGAGGAAGCUUAGUGAGAUGAAACAAGAAGGCCGGUUUAGCUCUCCACAUGGCAAGAAUCAAGUGGCUCUGACCACUCUAGCAGUUAGCAUCACUGAUUGCAAUGAAAUGUACCCAUCUCUAUCAUCAUCAGAGAACUAUACAUUGGAUGUCAGCGCACCGGUGGCUGUUUUAUCAGCUCAUUCUCAGUGGGGUGCAUUGAGAGGCUUGGAAACAUUUAGCCAACUUGUAUAUGAGUCUUCUUCAUUAGCAAUGUUGAUAGUCAACAAGACAAGCAUCACUGACUAUCCACGCUUUGCGCAUCGUGGAUUCCUGGUAGACUCCUCCAGGCAUUUUCUUCCUCUGGAUGUACUUCUUCAGUUUCUUGAUGCAAUGUCCUACAACAAGUUUAAUGUCUUCCAUUGGCACAUUGUUGAUGAUCAGUCCUUCCCGUAUGAGAGUACAACAUACCCUUACAUGAGUCAACAGGGUGCCUACUCACCAUCUUAUGUCUACAAUCAGAUUGAUGUGAAGAGGGUCAUUGAUUAUGCCCGGGACCGAGGUAUUCGGGUCAUCCCCGAAUUUGACACCCCAGGCCACACCCAGUCCUGGGGCUCUGUCAAGGGCCUCCUAACACCUUGUGAGGACAAGUCGGGCAAGCCCACGGGCCAGUAUGGCCCCAUCAACCCCAUUCUCAACUCCACCUACCAAUUUCUGGAACCGUUCUUUCGGGAGGUCUUCCAAGUGUUUCCCGACAACUACAUCCACGUUGGAGGGGAUGAGGUCAGCUUUGACUGCUGGAAGAGCAACAAGGACAUCCAACAUUUCAUGGCACAGAUGGGUUUCGGCCAGAACUACUCCAAACUGGAAGCGUACUAUGAGAAGAAAUUCUUAGGUAUUGUGGAGAAUCUGCUGGCUAGACCAAUCGUGUGGCAGGAGGUUGUCGAUAAUGGAGUUCAUGUAAAUCUCGAAACAUCGGUACAUGUUUGGAAACAGCCGUGGCCCUCUGAGCUCUUCAAUGUCACCAAGAAGGGCUACAGGGCAUUGUUGUCCACCCCCUGGUACCUGAACUCGGCUGGUAACCCAUACGGCCAGCCUUGGAGGGGCAUAUACAAAAUUGAGCCCUUGGCAUUCAAUGGUACAGCAGCCCAGAAGGCCUUGGUGUUUGGAGGAGAGGCCUGCAUGUGGGGAGAGUAUGUGGAUGCCACCAACCUGAUUCAGAGGAGCUGGCCACGUGGCUGUGCAGUUGCUGAACGAUUGUGGAGUGCAGAGAACGUUCGCGAUGUAAACAAGGCAGCACCCAGGCUAGCUGAACAGAGGUGCCGUAUGGUCAAGCGUGGUCUGAAAGCUGAGCCAGUGACUGGGCCAGGAUUCUGUUAAAUUCUAGGAAGAGAUUGAAAUAGUAAUGCACACUGGUCAACCUGAUGUUCGUUUCAAGGAAGAGUUUAUUAGAAUUUAGCACAUUCAUCAGUACUGGGUUUUUUAAUACUGCACCAGCAUGAUUGCCAUAGAUUUGGUCGCAAAAAUAGAAAGUGCAUUUUGCACUAAAAUUAAAACAAAUGAAAACUUGUUCCUAGCAGACAACAUCGUGUGACAUUUAUGAGUUGGCAGCGUCAUCAAGCAUUAUCUAGCCAAUAGACAAACAUUACUUGUUGAAGUAUGAUUUGCAAUGAUCAUUGUCAAAACCAUCACUGAAAAUGUUUUGUCUGAUGGAAGUUUUUAUUUAGAUAAUCUUUGCUUGGUUUCUAAUAAUUACAAUGUGGAGAAUGAAAUCUUGUUCUACAACUUUAUAUUAAACCAGAAUCUCUGGGGAAAAAGGUGAAAUAUUCUAGUAUUAGGACUUUACAACAAAAUCUGUUAAUUCGUUGUUCUUAUAGAUGUUACUUUGUAAAAAGCAUAAGAUGUUAAUGUUUCUUCGCACAAAAGAAAAAUGAAUCGGUUACCAGUCCUUUUGUAUUGUAUUAGAUAAUGUUCAUAACAUUCAUGCCUUAGAUAGAAUCAUUUAUUAAUGAACCAUCACUAGAGUAACUAUCAUUUAGUUUCAAGGAUGGAUACAGAACGAAGAUUGUGGUGCUAAGAUGUUCUUCGAGGGGCCUGUUGGAAAUUUCUUGGUGUUGUCAUUUACAAUAGCUGUUCUGAGGGUUGAGGCUACAGUUUAAGAGCAUUUUACACUUUUGAAAAAAAAGGAAACGAAAUAGUGUAGUUCUAAAAAUCGCCUUCCUCUCAUAUAAAAGAAUCGAAAAUUGUCCCUUUUUGGGGUUGGGGUAGGGUGGGUGUUGGGGGUAGAGAGGCGUUUGUCCGGUGUUAAGUUUUGUGGCAUUCCUGUGAAAACGAAUCUAAAUUUUCCACGCAGUUUUUGACCUUUCUCAGUUCAAAGUUUUAAACGUAUAUUUUCAAAUUCGUUCCUUUAAUUCAUGACCUUUCAUGUCCAAUGUUUACUUUCGUCUUUAGUCGCUCAGUUUUUAACUUUUAAUUUUGUACCAUGUACUACAUGUUUUCUUGAAAGACAAUUCGAUGUCUGUAUUUGUUGAACGUACAGUAGAUGAAUCAGUUUCGUCAUUUUGCGAUCAAUGUUAUAUCAGUUUCAUUCAAAUUUGUCACUCGAUACUCUCUUCGGUAUUUUAUGUUUCCGUCUGUUCUUUUCUACUUAAAACAUGUUUACUUUUAGUUGUUUUAACAUAGAUCUGUAACCUUAAAUAAAGUCAUAUCGUUUGUAUUGGUUGUGCGUUCAAGCGUUAACAGCUGGAAAAAAAUGUUUAUACAUGUACAUGUACUGUUCACUUCAUGCAAGAAAUAAUUUUAGGCCCAAACUCCCGAAAGCAAAAUGUAUAUUUUCACAUCUGUCACAAAAUAGUCAGUUCAUUUCUUCCUUUCUCUUUGGACUGUCUAACCUUCAAUUUAUUGUCUUUAAUUGCAAUACACCAUAUCAAAGACGUCUGUACAUGGUUGUGUACCAUCCGAUGAAUUUGAUUAAAACAUUCUUUGGAUCAAUGGAACAAAAAUUGAUCCUUCCAUCAGGUUAGAAAAGGUCUAUUGAAAUCUUACGAAAUCUAAUGGAAAAUUGUUGAAAAAGAUUGACCGUGAUAAAAAAACAAAUCAUUGUAGCAUUUGCAUGUCCUAGUCUCCUCGAGACGAAUUUGAAGUUAACGGUCUGGGAAUUUGAACGAAACAAAAUUUGGAAAUGCGCAGGAAUUAUUUGCUAGUACAGUUUUCCGUGCCCACUAAGUUUUAUACAACCUGUUGUCUUGAAUUAUUGUUGAUUCCAGUGAAAAUAAUUAAUAGGUGAUUCCAACGAGGAAAAUUAAACAUGAAGCAUCUGCACUAAAUUCAUAUGAUUAAUUAAUUCACAGAUAUCGAUCAAAUUUCUGUGCCUCCUCAUUUUUAUACACCUGUCGUCUUGAAUAAUUAUUGUUUAUUUCAAUGAAAUUUGAAUUGAUAGGUGAUUUCAACGAGGAAAAUUAAACAUGAAGUGUCUGGA